AUGGAAAAGCAAAGCGAGCGCCGCGGACUCGCGCUGGGGGUGGUGGUGGCCACCUCCGCCUCCGUGCUCGGCCUGGCGGCGUGGUACGUCCGAAGACAGCGGAAGCUUCACGCGGUGCUGGCGGCGAUCGAUGAAAUCAACCUGAAAGAUCCUCGGGCAGAUGCGCUACAGGAAGAAGAGUUGAAGCUCGCGAGCGCAGAGCAGAGCCUCACGGCGCCCAAGGAAUGGCUGUAUGGGCAGCGCAUGUCUCGGCGGCUGCGCUGUUUUGCGCCCUGGGCCUCGCACGUGGUGCAGAUCGCUGCGCGCGCGCAGCACGUGAAGCGCUGGGUCUCGGAACGCAAAGCCUAUCCCGAGGGCACCGCAGGCUAUCGACAGUGGAGGCAGGACUUGGGCAAGAUGCAUGCUGAAAUCGCCAAGGAGGAGAUGUUGAAGGUGGGCUACAGCACCAAGGAGGCUUCUCGAGUCACCAAGCUUCUGACCAAACAAGAUAUCAAAGGUGACAAGGAGGUCCAGUUGUUGGAAGAUGUGAUUUGCUUGGUCUUCUUGGAGUUCUAUUGGUUUCCAUUUUCCAAGAAGCACGUGCUGGAGCCGGAGAAGGAUGCAAUGGGCGAGGAAAAACUCCUGGAUAUUGUGAAGAAAACAUGGGUGAAGAUGAGUGAUCAAGGCCAUGCUGCCGCCUUGCAGCUGGACUUGGCUGAGAAGCCCAAGGCAUUGAUACUGAAGGCUUUGAGUUGA